AUCUUUUUAGCUUUUGGACAUGCUCAAGUUCUAUACUGGUUUUGAAAUUAAUGACCAGACUGGAAAUGCUCUGACGGAGAAUGAGAUGACUACAAUUCACUAUGAUAGAAUUACUUCUCUGCAGAGAGCUGCUUUUGCACAUUUCCCUGAACUCUAUGAUUUUGCCCUCUCAAAUGUGGCAGAAGUAGAUACUCGGGGAUCCUUGGUCAAGUGUUUUGGACCUCUUAGUUCAAACACCCUCCACCAGGUGGCAUCAUACCUCUGCUUGUUGCCAACCCUUCCUAAAAAUGAAGACACAACUUUUGAUAAAGAAUUUCUUCUAGAAUUGCUGGUAUCUCGUCAUGAACGUCGAAUUUCUCAGAUUCAGCAGUUGAAUCAGAUGCCUUUGUAUCCAACUGAGAAAAUUAUAUGGGAUGAAAAUAUUGUUCCAACUGAGUACUAUUCUGGGGAAGGUUGUCUGGCUCUUCCUAAGUUGAAUUUGCAGUUUUUGACUCUUCAUGACUACCUCCUAAGGAACUUUAACCUCUUCCGCUUGGAAUCAACUUACGAAAUUAGGCAGGACAUCGAAGAUAGUGUCAGCAGAAUGAAGCCAUGGCAAUCUGAAUAUGGUGGUGUAGUAUUUGGAGGCUGGGCAAGAAUGGCACAGCCCAUUGUGGCGUUUACUGUAGUUGAAGUUGCCAAACCCAAUAUAGGUGAAAACUGGCCAACCCGAGUUCGUGCAGAUGUUACCAUCAAUCUCAAUGUCAGAGAUCACAUCAAAGAUGAAUGGGAAGGUCUUCGUAAACAUGAUGUAUGCUUUUUAAUUACUGUGCGCCCCACAAAACCUUAUGGCACUAAGUUUGACCGGAGGAGACCUUUUAUUGAGCAGGUCGGCCUGGUUUAUGUCAGAGGCUGUGAAAUCCAGGGCAUGCUGGAUGAUAAAGGGCGUGUCAUUGAAGAUGGACCUGAACCCAGACCCAAUCUUAGAGGAGAGUCAAGGACAUUUAGAGUGUUUUUGGACCCAAACCAGUAUCAACAAGAUAUGACCAAUACUAUACAAAAUGGAGCAGAAGACGUGUAUGAUACUUUCAACAUAAUAAUGAGAAGAAAACCAAAGGAAAAUAACUUUAAGGCUGUGCUGGAGACUAUUCGGAACCUGAUGAAUACUGACUGUGUGGUACCUGACUGGCUUCAUGAUAUCAUUUUGGGUUAUGGGGACCCUAGUAGUGCACAUUAUUCGAAAAUGCCCAAUCAGAUUGCCACCCUUGAUUUCAACGAUACAUUUCUCUCUAUUGAACAUUUAAAAGCCAGCUUUCCUGGUCAUAAUGUUAAAGUGACUGUGGAUGACCCAGCUCUACAGAUACCCCCUUUCAGAAUAACUUUUCCAGUCAGAAGUGGAAAAGGGAAGAAAAGAAAGGAUGCAGACGGAGAAGACGAAGACACAGACGAGGCAAAAACUCUAAUUGUGGAACCUCAUGUUAUUCCUAAUAGGGGUCCUUAUCCUUAUAAUCAACCCAAACGUAAUACAAUUCAGUUCACUCAUACACAGAUAGAGGCUAUCCGUGCUGGAAUGCAGCCUGGGCUGACUAUGGUUGUGGGUCCACCUGGCACGGGAAAAACUGAUGUGGCAGUCCAAAUCAUAUCCAACAUCUACCACAACUUUCCAGAGCAGAGAACUCUAAUAGUUACUCAUUCCAAUCAGGCCCUGAAUCAGUUGUUUGAGAAAAUUAUGGCUUUAGAUAUUGAUGAACGCCACCUUUUGCGUCUUGGUCAUGGAGAAGAGGAGCUGGAGACAGAGAAAGAUUUCAGCAGGUAUGGAAGAGUUAAUUAUGUCCUGGCUCGAAGAAUAGAACUUUUAGAAGAAGUCAAACGAUUGCAAAAGAGUCUGGGCGUUCCAGGAGACGCCUCCUAUACCUGUGAAACUGCAGGCUAUUUCUUCUUGUAUCAGGUAAUGUCUCGUUGGGAAGAGUACAUCAGCAAAGUGAAGAAUAAAGGUAGUACGUUGGCAGAUGUUACGGAAGUCUCCACUUUCUUCCCUUUCCAUGAAUACUUUGCAAAUGCUCCUCAGCCCAUUUUUAAAGGCAGAUCUUAUGAAGAAGACAUGGAAAUUGCUGAAGGUUGUUUCAGGCAUAUUAAGAAAAUCUUUACUCAGCUCGAGGAAUUCAGAGCAUCUGAGCUCCUUCGCAGUGGAUUGGACAGAUCUAAAUACCUUCUGGUGAAAGAAGCCAAAAUUAUUGCUAUGACCUGUACUCAUGCUGCCUUAAAACGACAUGACUUGGUCAAGUUAGGUUUCAAGUAUGACAACAUUUUAAUGGAAGAGGCUGCUCAGAUUCUGGAGAUAGAAACUUUUAUUCCUCUUCUUCUACAGAAUCCUCAGGAUGGAUUUAGCCGACUGAAACGUUGGAUUAUGAUUGGUGAUCAUCACCAGUUACCUCCAGUCAUUAAGAACAUGGCCUUUCAGAAGUAUUCAAACAUGGAGCAGUCUCUCUUUACUCGCUUUGUCCGCGUUGGAGUUCCUACAGUGGAUCUGGACGCUCAAGGGAGAGCCAGAGCGAGCUUGUGCAAUCUCUACAACUGGCGAUACAAGACUCUAGGAAACUUGCCCCACGUGCAGCUUUUGCCGGAGUUUAGCACAGCAAAUGCUGGCUUGCUAUAUGACUUCCAGCUCAUUAAUGUGGAAGAUUUCCAGGGAGUAGGAGAGUCUGAACCUAAUCCUUACUUUUAUCAGAAUCUUGGAGAGGCAGAGUACGUAGUGGCACUUUUUAUGUACAUGUGUUUACUUGGUUACCCUGCUGACAAGAUUAGUAUUCUAACAACGUAUAAUGGCCAAAAGCAUCUUAUUCGUGACAUCAUCAACAGGAGAUGUGGGAACAAUCCAUUGAUUGGAAGACCAAAUAAGGUAACAACUGUUGAUAGAUUCCAAGGCCAACAGAAUGAUUAUAUUCUGCUUUCUCUAGUACGAACCAGGGCAGUGGGCCAUCUAAGGGAUGUUCGCCGCUUAGUGGUGGCCAUGUCUAGAGCCAGACUUGGACUCUAUAUCUUUGCCAGAGUAUCCCUCUUCCAAAACUGUUUUGAAUUAACUCCAGCCUUCAGUCAGCUCACAGCCCGCCCGCUUCAUUUGCAUAUAAUUCCAACAGAACCUUUCCCAACGGUUAGAAAGAAUGGAGAAAGAACCUCUCAUGAAGUGCAGAUAAUAAAGAAUAUGCCCCAGAUGGCAAACUUUGUAUACAACAUGUAUAUGCAUUUGAUACAGACUACACAUCAUUAUCAUCAGACUUUAUUACAGCUACCGCCUGCUAUGGUAGAAGAAAGUGAGGACGUUCCAAAUCAAGAAAUGGAAUUGGAAACAGAAGAAGAAGCCAUGGCUGCGCAAGCCGAUGUCAUACCCAGCCCAACAGACACCAGCUCCAGUCAGGAAACCCCAGCCUUUCAGUCUGACACCACCCCCAGUCAUACUGAGGCCACCACCAAUCAGACAGGAGCCGGUUCCAAUGCAGACACCAUCCCUGCUCUACCUGAGUUUACUGAGACUGUGUCAGAACCUGUGACUGAACCAGCAGAGGCUGACACCUCUCAAGAUGCCACAGCUGCCCCAGCAGACACCAAGUAGCCAAACUGUAGCCCUCCUUAGGGAGGACAUGACAUUCAUAAAGUCUAAGUCAAGUUACUUUUUGUAUUUUACAUUUGCUCUGCCAUUUCAGUGGCACUAAUUAAUGUUCAGUCCUUAUUUUUGUUAAUUGAUUCAGUGUCUUAGAUGUAUUUAAAAAAAUUGUGUAUGAACAACUCCAUUUUCAUUUGUUUACUUUGAAGGACAAAUAACCAUUCCUUUGAUAUUUGAUCACUGAGUCCAUGUAUCUGUAAUCUUACCUACAUUAAAAUAAUUUUCUAU